AUCUCUGGUUCUCUCCUGCCCAGAAGAGCAGCAAACUACCAGGAGUAAGUGAGGCUCCAGCUCCGUCGCCUUUGCCCCAAUCACAGCAUCCCAGGGGGCGGUACCAUCACUGCCGGCUACCAGGUAGUGCCCCAAAACAACGUGCCUAAGGGGUGAAGAACUUCAAGGGAGCUGGCUCCUGCUAGCCGCCCGGAGUGUGGCAGGUCCCAGGCUGCAGACGCUGGCCAUGGCCUCAGUCCCCAGGGGCGAAAACUGGACCGACGGGACGGUGGAAGUGGGGACCCAUACAGGGAAUCUGAGCUCCGCGCUGGGGGUCACUGAGUGGCUUGCGCUCCAAGCUGGCAACUUCUCUUCAGCGCUGGGGUUGCCGGCGACAACCCAGGCACCUUCCCAGGUCCGGGCUAACCUGACCAACCAGUUCGUGCAGCCGUCCUGGCGGAUCGCGCUCUGGUCCCUGGCCUAUGGCUUGGUGGUGGCCGUGGCAGUCUUCGGAAACCUCAUCGUUAUCUGGAUCAUCCUAGCCCACAAGCGCAUGAGAACUGUCACCAACUAUUUCCUGGUAAACCUGGCUUUCUCCGACGCCUCCGUGGCUGCCUUCAACACCUUGAUCAAUUUCAUCUAUGGUCUUCACAGCGAGUGGUACUUUGGCGCCAACUACUGCCGCUUCCAGAACUUCUUUCCCAUCACAGCGGUGUUUGCCAGCAUCUACUCUAUGACAGCCAUUGCAGUGGACAGGUAUAUGGCUAUUAUUGAUCCGUUGAAACCCAGACUUUCUGCCACAGCCACUAAGAUUGUCAUUGGAAGUAUUUGGAUUUUGGCAUUUCUACUUGCCUUCCCUCAAUGCCUUUAUUCCAAAAUAAAAGUCAUGCCGGGCCGUACUCUUUGCUACGUGCAGUGGCCAGAAGGUCCCAAGCAACAUUUCACGUACCACAUCAUUGUGAUCAUCCUGGUGUACUGUUUCCCACUGCUCAUCAUGGGUGUCACCUACACCAUCGUUGGAAUUACUCUCUGGGGAGGAGAGAUCCCAGGAGACACCUGUGACAAGUACCAUGAGCAGCUGAAGGCUAAACGAAAGGUGGUAAAGAUGAUGAUCAUUGUGGUGGUGACGUUUGCCAUCUGCUGGCUGCCCUAUCACGUGUAUUUCAUUCUCACUGCGAUCUACCAACAGUUAAACAGAUGGAAAUACAUUCAACAGGUCUACCUGGCUAGCUUCUGGCUGGCAAUGAGCUCGACCAUGUACAACCCCAUCAUCUACUGCUGUUUGAACAAAAGAUUCCGCGCAGGCUUCAAGAGAGCAUUUCGCUGGUGUCCUUUCAUCCAAGUCUCCAGCUACGAUGAGCUGGAGCUCAAGACCACCAGGUUUCAUCCCACACGACAGAGCAGCCUGUACACCGUGAGCAGGAUGGAGUCCGUGACCGUGCUGUUUGACCCCAAUGAUGGAGACCCAACCAAAUCCAGCCGCAAGAAGAGGGCGGUGCCCAGAGACCCCAGUGCCAAUGGCUGUUCCCACAGAGGUUCCAAAUCUGCCUCCACCACAUCAAGUUUCAUAAGCUCACCCUAUACCUCUGUGGAUGAAUAUUCCUAAGUCCAUGUCCCAAGGUGAUAGCUAUCAUGAGGCCACCGUGAGGCCAGCCUAGGUCCCUCAUUCUCCUAACCAUGCCAGAUUCUGUUCUAGGUACUUUGGGGAAGCAGAAGGGCAGUUCUUAGGUGGGCAUACUUAAUCUGAGAAAAGUGGAAUACCAAUGUAACGAAAACUACCAACAUGUCAGCCAGCACAGAGAAAACUGAGUCUUUAAUUUAUUCUUUAAGAUUCUUAAGGGUCAUAUGCAGCAGGUACAAAGUGUGAGUCUGAAAAAUGACCUAAGUGUCCACUGUCCGCCAUUUAACAACGGCAGUGCACCUUUGUGACCGCAGAAGAGCAGAGGGGUUUUCCAAGAGAUUAAGGAAGCUCUAAAUUGCAAAUCUGACCAAGGGAAACAUGACCUACAUAAAACAGAAAUUCUCUGUGGCUAUGAAGUAGAAAGGGCAAAUGACUGACUUCCCACACACAAGUAAUAAAAAAAUAACCUCAAAGAGUAGGAAAAUAUGAAAGCCUUUUCUCAUUCAAAAUUCAUUUUGUAGAAUGAAAAUUUUCAGAAAUUCCCUCUAAUACAUUUUGC